UGUGUGUCUCCUACUGUGCGUUACGUUCCUAUAGCCGGGCCGUCCACGUCACGUGUCAGGACUCCCGAGUCCUGGGCCAAGUUUCUCUGUGUCAGAUCAUCCACGGAGCUUCAGCACGGCUCGACCCUGGCGCGCAUCUCCGCUCCACGCUGCGUAAAACAACACCUCAGCGAGGAUGGACGGAUUGAUGGUUGCAUGGAUGUGGAUAGCAAAUGAAGACCGCUUUAAGUGAUUCUUUCAUUACUUCCAGUGAUUUUUCUUUUUCUUUUUUUACAACGUCUUUCGGAUUACCUUUUUGAUCUGUGAAAAGCAAAAGAAGUGAGGAGAUUUGCAGAGAGGAAAAAAAGAAAGGAAAGGGAAGCUCCGGGUUGCUGGGAAAGGCUGGGUGCGCUAGAAACACGGAAAGUCACGGAUCAUGCUUAUGGGAACUUCCGAUUCCGUCUCGAUAAGAGUGGCUCUGCCUGAUGCUCUAUCAUGACUGAUGGCGAGGGGAGAGUGCGCUUUCAGUUCGCAGAGAGCCCGGAGGGGCAGGUGCGGGAGGGGGUUCAGGAGGAGGUGAGGCUCGCCAUACCUUCGGCCUACAGGAACGACGGCCCUGGUCAUGAUGCUGACCCCGGGGGAGGCCACGAUGAGCAAGAGGAGGACGAGGAGGAGGUGGAUACGAGGAGGAGUCGGACUGGUCGUGGCGAUGGAGCGGAAUGGAGUCCUGAGGUGCAGGAGGACCAGGAACCGGAGCUGGAAGUUGGACCAAGAUUGGGAGUUUGCAUUAGGACUCCUAUUCGGGAUCCAGACUGUAUCUCCGAGGAGGAGGAAGUGCAGCCGUACCCCGUCCUGGCCCCCGUGGCCUUCCUCUGCCUAAAGCAAACAACAAGGCCUCGCAACUGGUGUCUUCGUGUCGUCUGUAACCCAUAUCCUUUCACAUGCUGGAAACCUAAAUCUGUCCGACGCCUGGAUGUCUGUGGUUGCGGGCAUUUCUUGUCUGCUAAUAAAGAUGGAGCCUGUGAUGAGCCUGACACUAACCUUUGUCCUACCUGUUCUGUUUUCCUUCCAGUGGUGCAAAGAGUUGACACUGUGUCCGAAGGUAUCGCUAACUAUGGAGGAAAGAUAAUUGCUGUCGAGACUGAUUUGAAAAAGCUAGAUGAUCAAGCAGGGGCGAAGUCGGAGAAUACCACCACAGAGAUCCAGGCUUUCAAGAACAACAUCUGGUCUCUCCAGAGGCAGCUGUCUGCGGUGGAGGAACGCAUCCACAGUGAUCAAGUUAAGCUGAGUCAGCUGCAGAACAUUGGCUCAGACAUCCAAAACAGCCAGGGCUCCAUUCAGGGAUCGCUGGAUAGAAACACAGCCACCUUGCACUCUGUAAAUGGCACGCUGCAGUCUCACGGCGGCGCCAUUGGAGGCCUGCACGACGACACCACGCGACUUCAGAGAGAACUCCAGCAGCAGGUGAAACUUCAGGACCAGGCCCUGCUCAGCAUCAUCGGCCUCAACUUCACCCAGGCCCAGCAGAGAGACCUCAUCGCUGUACUGCAACGCUCAGUGGAAGACACUACCCAGGCCAUACAGAAAAUGCGUAAUGACUUUCAGAGCCUGGAGCAAACGGCCAGACAGACGCGUUCGGACACUGAGUGGCUCCGUGGUAAGGUGGAAAACCUCCAGGUCAUGGCCAGCAACACCUCAACUCUUGCAAAAGCCAACAACGACAGCCUGGAGGAGGUGGGAUCACAGCUGGCUUCGGUGGCCAACCAGAUCCAGAACACCAGCAGCCUGGCUGAUGCCCACGACCAGACCCUCAGGGAGGUGUUGGACCGGCAGAGGGACUUCAGUAACUUUACAUCCACCAAGUUUGACCGGCUGGAAGUGCGGCUGGAUGAGUCCGAGCAGAGUAUGGACCGUGUGACCGGCAACAUCAGCUUCACCACGCAGCUCCUGGGCGCCAUCAACCUCAACCUGAAUGACCUGCGCACUUGUUCCGAGACCGUCGGCCGCCACUCGGACUUCUUGGUGAACCUCAACAACAGCGUGACGGACGUGAGGAUAGAUGCGUCCAGUCUGAGGUCUCAGCAGGAAGAGCUGGGAGCGCGUAUGGACAAGGAGGUCACCAACCUCUCUAUUGUCAUGGAGGAGAUGAAGCUGGUUGACAACAAGCACUCACAGCUAAUAACCAACUUCACAAUUUUAAAGGGCCCUCCUGGACCCAGAGGUUCGAGAGGGGACAAAGGACCCCAGGGAUCAGCUGGUCAGCCUGGCCAGAAGGGAGAAAAAGGUGAAAAGGGUGGUCCGGGGAUACGAGGAACAAGAGGAGAGCAGGGUAUCCCAGGAUCAUCAGGUCUACCAGGGUUAAAAGGCAUGCCAGGCGUACCCGGCAACCCCGGGUCCAAGGGCUCCCGAGGGUCAGGAGGCAGGGCCGGACCUCCUGGGACUAAAGGAGAGCCAGGUGCUAACGGUCUGCCUGGAAGAGACGGACAGCCUGGUCCUCAGGGGGCACAGGGCCCCCCGGGUAUCAGAGGGGCAAUGGGGUCAGCUGGUGAGCCGGGUCCAAGGGGACUGCUUGGGCCAGUGGGGCCUCCAGGGUCUCCGGGACCCCCAGGACAACCGGGACAACAAGGGGUCCCAAUCCGGGCUCCAUCAAUUCCUAUGGGCCCUGUGUCUCUGCAGGAUGAGGCAGUAGCUCCUACUCUUUGGGCCCCAGGAUGCCCUUCUGAGUGGGCACACUACAGAGGCAAGUGCUACUUCUUCUCCAAAGACCUGCACAGUUUCGACGAUGCAAAGGCGACCUGUGAAUCAUCCUCUGCUUCAUUGUUGAUCAUCAACGAUGUGGAGGAACAGAGAUGGCUGAAGAAGCAGACCUUUGGAAAAGGCUACUUCUGGAUGGGUCUGACGGACAGGGAGGAGGAGACCGCUUGGCGCUGGCUGGACGGGACUGAACCUGCUUUCACGAGGUGGAAGCCCGGUCAGCCUGAUGACUGGGGCCACGGGCAUGAAAUGGGAGAAGACUGCGCAGGGCUCAUCCAUGAAGGGCUGUGGAAUGAUUUCUUCUGUGAAGAUCUCAUAAGCUACAUCUGUGAGAAGGAAAUGGACACCACGAGUUUGCCUGAAUCGUAGCGAUUUCUUGGAAGGGAGCUUGCAGUGAGAAGCUAGACUUCCCCCAUGUGGCACUGGUCCACCAGCACAGCACAUGGAGAGUCCGUACGGAGAGAGAAAAGGGACAAUUUUGAAAUAAGCCCAGCGCUGCAGUAGAGAACUUCUCUUUCAUGGGGAAGAGAUGCCUUUCUCCUCCAAAGUGAACACAGUCCAACAUUACCAGCAAGUGCAAUACAGCAGGGCAAUCACAGAAGGAGGACUUUUAUUUUUUAAAGUACCAAAUCACCAACUGAUUUAUAUAUAUAAAUAUUUUUAUGGUUAUUUUAAAUACAUUUUAUAAAACUGUAUUCUACGUGAAUAUCUGAAUGUAUAUUUCAUUAUGCAAGUUUUGUAGGAAGUUAUUCAUUCUAUGAAGCCAAGUGGACUUAUCGUAGUGCUUUUCAUAACAUGUACUGUAAUAGUCUCGAAAUGAAAAGGUGCAAAAUGAUGCGCUAAAAACAUGAAAUGUUGCUGAUAUGCUAUCUUUGAGGAACCGUUUAUCUCCCUUCAUGAAUGUCUAUAUAGCAUUUUCAUUUAUACGAGUAGAGUCGAAGUAAGCAUUUACACAUUAAUACAGAAAUAUGUCAAAAUCAGCUUGUUUUAGUUCAAGACUGCACAUUUACAGUUUAAUCUGAUACAGUAUUUUGUGGUUAUGAGAUUUAUUUUUCACUAUUGCAGACGUACAUAGGCUAAUGAAUAUGAAUCUGUGGAUCCUACCUACAAAUAUAAAAUGUGCCAUUUUAUGCACUCUUGAGUUUAACAACACUAUGAACAAUGAAGGAAACACUCAAAUAAAUAUGUAAAAACCCACAAGGUGUUUGUAUUUGU